UCGUCAGCCUUGACGCAACAUUCCCUGAAAACUCGUGAUUAUACCAAUAAAACAAUAUAAAUUAUCCUUAAACAAAGACAAAGAAUUAAAGAAAUAGAUCACGGUUCCUUGUCAAAGCUGCCUCCUCUUGCUGCUCAAGUAAAAGCCAACACAUCCACAUCUAUACGCACACACAUACGAAAGCACCUUCUUCACACACAUAUAUAUACACACACACAAACAGAGCAAGUCCAAGUCUAUGAGCAGAGUCAAGAAGACAAUAGAUUAUUACAGAUAACGAAGAAGAACACAUAAAACAUGCAAGAUUUUUCAUAUCCCAUGGACUCGUUUAGCCCUAGCUUCAGUUUCUACGUCUCCGGUGACGGUAAGAUCGUCGAAGCCGCCGUUAGAGUCGUCCGUGAGUCCCAGAGCUACGGCGACGACACAGCUGAAUUCGAGUUCGAAACAUUACCGUUACGCGAAGAGAACUUCUUCCACUUCCCAACGACAAAGGGGAAGCAAUCUCUAGCAGCUGUUGACGAUGGAGACACGUCCAAGAAUCUUUUGUACGGUGGGUGGAUGCUUGAUCAGUCUAUAUCCUCGCCGUCUCAGUCACAUUCGUCAGAAGACUCGGAGGGGGAUCUUUCUCCGGGAAGAUACAGCUGUUUCUGGAGCCCGAGCCGAUCUCCGGCGAGAGGGGAUAGCUCCAAGACCAAGAGUAAGUCUACGAGUGGGCCGAGACGUUGUCGUAUUAAGGAUCUUUUGAGGAGAAGCCACAGCGAUGGAGCUGUUUCGGCCACUAGCGAGACUAAGCGAUGUCGUUUCAAGGAUCUUUUGAGGAGAAGUCACAGCGACGGCAGGGUAAGUGGGUCUUCUUCGACUUCGCCCGUAGAGAGAGGGAAUAGUAAAACGACGUCGAAUAAGUAUACUAGUAACACUGGGGAAGUGAAUAUGAGAAGGAAGACUUAUUUACCGUACAGGCAAGAUUUGAUCGGCGUUUUCGCCGGAAUGAGCAGACUCAGUCGUUAAAACAAUUCGUGUUCUAAGUUGUAACAAGUAAAUAUACAAAUAGCUCCUUGUUUGUUCGUUUUUUUUGGCAAUGUAUAAUCUUUUUGAUUCUAUUAAACCUCAAAAUACACUUGUCAUACUUUCAAAGAAAU